GGCACCCGGGGAGGAGCCUGCUGUUGCCCCAGCAACUGGGGCACCGGAGGAGAGCGCAGCUGCGGAGGUACCCGGGCACAGAUCUCCCUCUUUCCGGAAGGGCCCGGGCGAGGCGCGAGACUGGCCUCGACGGCGCCCGCCAAGAGGAAGAGGCCAGGCCCGUGAACUGCCUUCCCCGCGGCAGCUUUCGCUCCCAACGGUCGAGUACGCGGAGAACCAUGGCUGAAGUGCACGUGAUCGGGCAGAUCAUAGGGGCCACCGGCUUCUCUGAAAGCAGCCUCUUUUGCAAGUGGGGCAUCCACACAGGGGCUGCAUGGAAGCUCUUGUCGGGUGUGCGGGAGGGCCAGACGCAGGUGGACACGCCUCAGAUAGGGGAUAUGGCUUACUGGUCCCACCCCAUUGACCUGCACUUCGCCACCAAAGGUCUCCAAGGUUGGCCUCGACUCCAUCUCCAGGUGUGGUCCCAGGACAGCUUUGGCCGCUGCCAGCUUGCUGGCUAUGGCUUUUGCCAUGUGCCCAGCAGCCCAGGCACCCACCAGCUGGACUGCCCUACAUGGAGGCCUCUGGGCAGUUGGCGGGAGCAGCUGGCGCGGGCCUUCGUGGGGGGCGGGCCCCAGCUGCUGCACGCCGACACCAUCUACAGCGGGGCUGACCGCUAUCGCCUGCACACGGCCGCGGGAGGCACGGUGCACCUAGCCGUGGGGCUGCUGCUGCGCCACUUCGAUCGCUACGGCGUGGAGUGUUGAGGGACUUGGCCGCCACCGGUCACAGUAUGGCACAGCGGCCAAGAACAUGGACUAUGGAUACUGUCAGGCUUGCUUGACCCCAGCCAAGUCGUGGCCCCUCCUGUCCUAGCUAGGACUGCAAGGCCAGGAACACUCCCCUGAGGCCCAUGCUCCACUGAAUCACUGGCUAGUAGGUCUGUGGGCCACAGGGAGUGGCUGUUGGGCCUGUGGGAGACACUCAAUAAAAGCUCGCUGUUUUUUUGGG